UUAGUGUCUGGUUUCUUACUAAAUAUUUGAAGCGUAAAGAUUACAUUUUAAAUUUAAAAAAAAUGACGAGUAGUAAUUAUAAUUUAUGUUUCUUGGCACUUGUACUUUGUAUGACUGACAUACGUUCUGAAAAUGAUUUUCACGACCAUACACGAACAACAAGGCUAUCUAAAAUAUUACGACCUUGUCAUCGAAGUGAUCCAAAUUUGAACGACUGUAUAAAAUGCGCCAUCGAAGACGUAAGGCCAUACUUAGCAAGAGGAAUCCCGGAAUUAUUUAUACCCUCCUGUGAACCACUUUACAUACCUGAAAUUGUGAUGAACCAAGGCAACAAAGGAAGUGUCAGCGUACAGUCAAUUUACCGAAAUAUUAGUGUGUAUGGACCGAGUCAAUUUAUAUUAAAAAGUGUUAAAGUGGAUAUGGAAAAAGAUAGGAUUCGAAUUAAAGUUUGGUUGCCUCAUCUGCGUAUGACGGCCAAUUAUUCGAUCGAAGGCAGAAUUCUAAUGUUACCCAUUUCUGGACAUGGUAUAAGCGAAGGAAAUUAUACAAAUAUUGAGGCUAAUGUUCUCAUCCAAGGUAAUACUAUUCAAAUUGAAGGUAGAAAUCAUUUCAAUAUCCAAGAUGUAGCCGUUGAUUUUCAAAUCGGUCAUGCAAGUAUUUACCUCAGUGACUUGUUUGAAGGCGACUUGGAACUUGGUGAAGCCAUGAAUACAUUCUUAAACGAUAACUGGAGACAUGUUGCUCAAGAAUUCAAACCUAUUCUUGAAGAAACAAUCGGUGAUCUAUUCAAAAAAUUCGCCAAUAAAUUGUGUCACAAAUUUCCGAUAGAGGAUUUUCUACUAAUUUAAGUAUAGGAAUUAUCGUGCAUU